AUGUGGAACGCGGCCGCUUUGUGCUCCCUUGGCAGGCUGGCCCCCCGCGCCGCGCCUCCCCUGCGCCCAGCGCUACAAACCUUAAAUCGCGUGUCCGAAAGAAAGUACAAGGACUUGUGUCGUGGUGAACGGCCGGCACACCUACUGCAGAGUCAGGGCUUGGAGAGGGCACGCCGCAGGCUUCCCUGCCGUUUAGUAAGUAAUAAAGCAAAGCAUAGACCUUACGCAAAAACUUACCCUGUUUUAGAUGGACAUAUCCUCUCUGUGUAUCGGCAUGUGUUUGAAGAAAAUUUAAGGAACAGUGAGGCUGUUAUUAAAAGAUAUUCAGAAUUGCUAGAGAUGGUCAGUAAAGGAGGGGGAGAAAAUGCCAUCUUGCGUCAUACUCAGAGAAACAAGAAGCUGUUUGUUCGUGAACGCCUGAAGUUGCUGCUGGAUGAUGAGUCUUUUCUUGAGCUGUCUCCGCUGGCGGGCCUCAAUAUGCCGUAUGGGGAUGUUCCUGCUGCCGGGUGCCUCACUGGAAUUGGCAAAAUCUGUGGGGUCUGGUGUGUCUUCAUGGCAAAUGAUGCAACUGUGAAAGGAGGAACUAUUUAUCCAAUUGGAGUGAAGAAACAGCUAAGAGCUCAAGAAAUAGCCAUGCAGAACAGGCUGUUAUCGGUAUACCUCGUGGACAGUGGGGGAGCAUUCCUACCGCUACAGUCAGAGCUGUUUCCUGACAAAUUGCACGGUGGCAGAAUUUUCUACAAUGAAGCAAGAAUGUCUGCCAUGAGAAUCCCUCAGGUGGCAGUGGUGUGCGGCUCCUGUGUCGCUGGAGGUGCCUAUGUUCCGACCAUGGCAGAAGAAGCUGUGAUCGUAGAUAAGAUCGGUACACUGUUCCUUGCUGGCCCACCUCUGGUAAAAGCUGCUACAGGAGAAUAUGUCUCUCCCGAGGACCUAGGAGGAGCUAAACUUCACUCUCAAGUCAGUGGCUGUAGUGACCAUUUUGCACCCUCGGAAAAGGAAGCCUUUGAAUGUAUCCGAAAUGUUAUCUCAACGCUAAAUUAUGAUCCGCUGCCAGAGGAGGUCACAGAGCAUGACAGUCCUCUGUAUAGUCCAGAAGAGCUCUUGGGACUGGCACCACGAGACUACAGGUGUACUCUUCCUGUAAAACUGAUUCUGAGCCGUCUGAUGGAUGGAAGCAGAUUCCAGGAAUUCAAGGCUAAUUACGGAACAACGUUAGUAACAGGAUUUGGCCAUGUGGAAGGGCGCUUGGUGGGGAUAGUGGCCAACAAUGGGGUGUUGUCUCACGACGCGUCUCUCAAGGGUAGCCAUUUCGUCCAGCUGUGCAGCCAGCGGAACAUUCCCAUCCUCUUCUUCCAAAACACCGCUCCACAUACAGCAGAGCCCACCAGCAUCUCACAGGCAGAGGCUCAUUCCAACAGAUUAAAAGCCCAGGCCUCCAUGAUGGCUGCUGUUGCUUGUGCUGCUGUCCCCAAAAUAACUGUUGUAAUUGGUGGCUGUUACGGGAGCGAAAGUUACAUUAUGUGCGGGAGAUCUUUCAGUCCAAACUUUCUCUUCCUAUGGCCUAAUGCAAGAGUUGCUCUUGUGGAUUCAAGACAUUUCUCCACAAUCCCACAAGAUGGGGACAAUGACUGUACAGGAGAUGAAUCAGAGCUAAAGCAUCUGAAAGAAAAGCUAGAAGAAGAAAGCAGUGCCUUUUACUCCUCUGCCAGACUCUGGGAUGAUGGUGUAAUCCUACCUCAAAAUACUAGAAAGGUCAUUGCACAGUGCUUAGAGAUUCUAGAACAGCAGAAGCACCAGGUCAUAUCUCCGUGUCAGUAUCCUGUCAUCAGAAUGUAACUGCAGCCAUUUUCAAAUAAUAUCAGCCUUCUAAAGUUAGCACCGUGUACUAGAAAUCUUUAAUGGAAAUGAUUUUCUAAUUCUUUGAUACCAUUAAUAAAAAUGUUAAACCAUUGCA